AUGCGUUUCACUGCUGCUGCCCUCUUCGCUGGCGCCGCCAUGGCUGCCCAGGCUGCUUCUGACUCUCAGAGCACCGUCUACAGCACCGACUACGUGACCGUCACCUCGUGCGGUCCCACCGUCACUGACUGCCCGGCCUCCUCCACCAAGGUCUACUCUUCCUCGUACCCGGUGACCACCUCCACCGUCUACUCGACCACCGUCCGCACCAUCACCUCCUGCGGCCCUACCGUGACCAACUGCCCUGCCCACAGCACCGUUGUUGUCACCGAGGAGGUCCCCGUCUCCACCACCGUCUGCCCCGUCACCACCAAGGGCUACGGCAACUCCACCGCCCCCGGCUACCCUACCACCAAGCCCGGUAACGGCGGUGGCAACGGCGGCAACGGCGGCGGCAACAACUACCCCACCACCAAGCCCGGCAACGGUGGCCAGAACUCCUACCCCGUCAAGCCCACCGGCGGUGUUGUCACCACCACCAAGGGCCCCGAGGUCUGCGUUCCUACCAACUCCGUCAAGACCAUCUCCACCUCGGUCACGACUGUUAUCCCUACUGUCAUCUACGAGACCGUCCAGGUCCCGUGCCCCGUUCCCACCAAGCCUGCUCAGCCCUCGGGCGGCUACCCCAGCCAGCCCAACACCCCCGGCUGCUCCGGCUCCAACUGCACCGUCACGCCUCCUCCCGUCGCUGCUGGCGCCGCCAACCUGGCCUUCUCCGGCCUCUUCGCCGCUGCUGCCGGUCUGGCCGCUGUCGUCCUGGCAUAA